AUGCAUCAUCAGGUGGUCAUCUUAGGCUUCAUCCUACUUCAUCUAGAUCCUGUAGUUUCUUAUGCAAAAGUGUUUGGAACAGUGGGUCAGCAUGUCACAAUACCCUGCACCUACAGAGGCGAAAUCACUUCCAUGUGCUGGGGCCGAGGGACAUGUUCUGUGUUAGGAUGCUUUAAUGAACUUAUCUGGACCGAUGGAACCCGUGUUACCUUUCAGAGGGACCAGCGUUAUCAGCUAAAAGGGAACCUUAGGCAGAGGAAUGUCUCUCUGACUAUAGAAAAUGCCGUCCAGGAUGACAGUGGUUUGUACUGUUGCCGUGUUGAGCACAGAGGGUGGUUCAAUGACAUGAAACUCGUCCAGUCAUUGGAAAUCAGAUUAGCUUCUUCAAUUCCUCCAACUCAGCCAACAGAAACCCAGCCCAUGACCCUGCAGGACACAACCAGGACCUUGGGGACUGAGACCACCGACUCACCAUUGUCUCCUGGCACAACAGAUGGGAAUGGCACCGUGACACAGUCUUCAGAUGGCCUUUGGCAUAAGAAUCAAACUCUAAUGUCCACAGCUCACAAUCCCUGGAUGACCACCACCACUGAGAUACUCUAUGCUGGAAUUGGUAUUUCUGCCUUGGUAUUGAUUGUCCUUUUGGCUAUCAUCAUUGACAAAAAGUUUUCCUAUGUCAAAUAUGAAGUGCCACAACCCAGACUUUUCCUGUCUGAGCUAACUACACCAGCCAGUCUGCGCACACGCCUUGAACAGGGACCAGCCCAUCCUAAGUGUUCACUGCAAAGCAAGGCCAAGCAGAAGACAACGUCUACAUCAUUGAUGAUCAUCUUUAUGUCAUGGAUUAAGACCCAGUGGUGCUCUUUGAGGUUUUAUGCCCAUGAUGGCAGACAAGUGACCAGAUAUCACCAUAUCAGACAUCUUUUAAACUCCAGCAUCAUUUUCCUGUGUCAGUUUCAUCUGACCUUCCAACAAGUCAGUGCAAUUGAGUAG